AUGGAGGCAGAUGAGGACAAAGAAUGGAAGAGCGCGCUGAUGCCAGGACAUAGGUCUUGCUCCAGCGGGGCCGUGACGGCGGCCGACAGACUCACCGACGACCUCAUUGUGGAGAUCCUCUCGCGCGUGCCGGCCAAAUCGCUGUGCCGCUUCAAGUGCGUCUCGAAGCACUGGCUGAGCCUCACCAACGACCGGAAAUACUGCAAGAAGCUCCCCCAGACCCUGGCCGGAGUCUUGUACAGCUGCCUCAGCAGCGGGGACGGGUUACUGGAUCCAUUUGUCCAGUUCACCAGUGGCACGCCGAGGUAUCGCGCUCCGAUCUGCACCACCUCUCUCGCCUUCCUGCCCAACCACCGCUGCGCCGUCCUCUUGGACGGCUGCAACGGCCUCCUCCUCGUGCUGUGGUACCCCAAUGCGCGGGGUCCCGAGUGCUGCUACCUCGUGUGCAAUCCCGCGACGGAGCAGUGGGUCGCGUUGCCGGACCCCAACCAGGUCAAUAAGGAGGACGUAUUGCAUCUGGGUCUGAGUUUCGAUCCGGCCGUGUCCUCCCAUUUCCAUGUAUUUGCGUUCCUGAAGGAGAAGGCUGGUGGAGUGGAGGUGUAUUCGUCUGAAACCGGAACAUGGGUUUACAAGGACAAUUGUUGGAACGGAGAUAUUAUGCUCGCUAAUCAUCCGUCAGCAUCUGUGUUUCUUGACGGCUACAUGCAUUUCCACGCCUUUCACCGUGAGCCGUACCAUUGUCUAGCUUCGCAGGGAUGCUUGCAUUAUGUAAAUUUUCAGAGAGAUGAAGGCAGUGGUGUAAUUCGCCUGGUAGUCUAUGUUCUCAAGGACUAUGGCAGCAAAGAAUGGACGUUGAAGCAUAGCAGUGAAACAGCAUACAUAUUUGGCGAGAAUCUUGCUUACCUUCAUCCGCAUUUCGAGUGGAUUAUGAUUCAUCCGGACUGUAACUUGAUCUUCUUCACUGUGGGACAUGGUAUCUGGUGCUACAACAUGGAUCGUCGACAAGUCAAACUGAUCACUGGUACUGAAUAUUGCAUGGGGCCAUAUCUCCCGUAUGUGCCGCUGUACUCAGAGUUACCAUCUUUGCACGAGUGAAUUCAAUAUGAUAUUGCUGGUGCCUUUACAAGAACUGGAGGCAAUUGUUUGGAGCAGUGGUGGUUCAGUAUGAAGACAACUUGGCUAAUUUCUCUAAGAGUAGUUAAUCAAAAUUUCAGUACACUUUCUACUUUCUGUACUUUUCCUUGCCACUGCCACC